AUGUCCGCCGCGGGACAAGCUUAUUCACUUCGGGCGAAAGAUCGAGAUGAAAGGAUAGAAAUCCCAGAACACAACUAUCGUGAGGGAGGUUUUAAAUCCCAAUACUUCCGAGGAGGCUGGUAUGUUCCAUCAGAACGCAGGUGGGAAAAGUAUUAUGAGCAUCACUUUCUUCCGCCGCUGACCCGGAGAGACGCUAUCGAUUUUUCGCGUGAGAGUGAAUACGUCGAUUUUAAACGGAAGACGAAUAAACAUUACGGUAGCAUAUUCCUUGCAGCUUUUUUGUGACUAUCAUAUCCAGAAAAAUCCCUGCUGGGUCAUAUUCCUCAAUCAGUACCCUAUGUCAAGUGGAAUGGACACAGGCGCAUUCCCCAAGAGCCGUGUACCUCCACCUUCGAACCGAAGUGCUUCGGAGAAAUUGAAUGGGAUGGUCCUGGCUACUAUGGAUACUACCACGAGGUAAUCAGUGAAUACGCACUUUAUGAUACAACUUUAAAUUGUCGUUAACAGUCCAUACUGAUGUUAAAGACUGCAAGGUCAUUCGGCAGGUCUUGCUCUAAAUGAAAAGUAAAAGACUACUGGCGCGUUUGAGGCUAGCUCUUCUGAGUCUGCUCAUGACUGUGUCUGAGAAGAAGUACGGAAUUUUUUCGCUGCUUAUCUUCCUAAGCCGAAACUAGAAGUGGUCGGUUUUGUGCUCUUUUUUGCAGUCUGCAUCUGAACGAAUGUUGUACUCCUGAAUUACUUUAUUCCUUACAGCUGGUGUGGUAGCUAAGCAUAUCACUCUGGUCCUAACUAUACACAGGCCAGCUAAAAUAAGUAACAAUAAUAAUAAAUAAAGUAAAUAAAUAAUAAAAUAAAUGAUGCGACCGCCGUGUUUCUUUACAAUAUCCUUUUCGUGCGUUGGAUUUACUAACAAUCUGCUAAUUCUUAGCGGCAUAUCUAAACCAUACUUGCAAUAAAACACUUUCAUUCAAAUGCUGGCUCGAUUCUCAUUACAUGCUCUACUGAUGACUUUCUAACUCUCAGAGUCUUAGCCAUGCCGGGAGAUCUACUUUUCACCAAACUCAAUUUUAGGCGCUGGAUAUGUUUAAUCGGGAGGAGUGCAGACCGCCUCGGCCAGGAUGCUGCCAAAGACGGUGUAUUAUUGACAGCCGCGUUAUUCUGGACUAG